AUGUUGAUAUACGGCCUACCCAUCGCUCUCCUGGCCCUGCAGGGCCCGGCAACGGUUUCAGCUCAAGAUUCCGACUCCACCGAGAAAGUGUGGGGAGUCUUUGCAUUUACUGUCCACGGGGACAGCAAGCCUAGUGUGCUCACUAGCUCUCGGCCCUUGACGGACUAUGGAGCCAACGAGCUCGCCGCGGCAGCAUCGGCUUUUCGGUACCGCUAUGUCUCAACACCCGCAGGCUCUGCAACUGGAAUCCAGAAUAUAUCUCCAAUCAUUCUGGACUCGAAUGACGUGGAUGUACUCUCAACAACGGGUCAGAACAUUGUUGGAUCAGCCCAGGCAUUCAUGCAGGGACUAUACCCACCACUCGGCUCAAUGAACAUACCGGGUAACCAAAUUGCGAACGGAUCGUUUGCGCAGGCCCCCUUGAACGGGUAUCAAUAUCCUCGGAUUGUGACAGUCGGCGAGGCAGACCCUCAGUCAGUUUUGGUUGAAGGUCACGCAAUGUGUGACAUGUAUCAUGCCGCCGAGGGCGAAUACCGUGGUAGCGACGAAGUGCAGGAUAUCACGCGAGAUACAGAAGCAUUCUACAGGAGACUGUGGAAACAGGCACUGUCUGGCGUCUAUGAUUGGUCGUCUGCCACUUACACGAACGCCGUGGCAAUCUCAGAAUAUUUGGAUUAUGAAGCUGUGCACAAUGACAGUUUGCUGGAAAGUUUACACGACACCGACAUCAUUCGUGCUCGCUCGCUAGCGGAUCAGUACCUAUGGAGGACAAACAGUCAACAGUCAGCUUCUAGCGGGUCUAUGAUCGGAGUAGCCAGUCCAAUCGCAGGACAGACAUUGGCAUCAAGCAUUUUGGAAGCCUUUGAUUUGAACGUCCAGGAGAGUGGCACCCGUCAGAAGAUGACACUGUUGUUCGGUGGUGAUGAACCAGCCGUCGCCCUGUCGUCUGUGAUGGGACUCGCAAGCCAACACCAACCCAACUUCUAUUCCCGCCUGGUACGAGGUGGCUCAUUUGUUUUCGAGCUCUAUAGCUUCGAGAAAAGAAGCAACUUGUACCCGUCAUACCCUGGUAUCGACAAUUUGUACGUGAGAUUCUUGCUUCACAACGGGACCGACAACACCACCGACUUCCAAGCGUAUUCCCUCUUUGGACACAGUCCCAGUCAAGCCGCAAUUCCAUACACCGAGUUCCGCUCCGAGCUGGAGACAUUUGCCGUGGCUUCAACCCAGGAAUGGUGUCUCCGCUGUAACGCCCAAACUGUCUUCUGCAAUGGAGUGUUAGACCAGAGUGGAUCUCAGCCAUGGAAGAAGAACAAAGGGAUGACUCCCGCUGUAGCUGGAGUCAUUGGUGCUGUUACAACACUUGCCGUUGUUGGGCUCACAGCAAUCAUUGCGUUUCUCUUGUGUCGUGCUCGCAAAGGAAGCCCCAAAAAAGGAAGCCUGGGAGGGUUCAAAGGCUCUGGUAAACUUGCCAGUGAUACUGAUGUGACGUUCGGUGAACCCAUAUGGGGAAACUCAAAGGCCGAAGAUACGGAACCAUCCAAUGGUCUCGCCGCUGGUGUGGGGGUUGCUGUACAGGGCCAUGAACGAACUGGAAGUUGGGAAAUGGGGCAGGGGAAAAAAAGGAAUGAAAAUAUCCAGCCCGAUGGUGUGGAAAUGAGGUCGCCUUUUGAGGACCAAGAAGAGGAUUGGCAUAUGCACAGUGGUGUUCAAGCUGUGGAAGCCCGGGAGAAUGUUUAA